AUGUCCCUUGAGAAAGCGAAGCCAGAAACCCCCUUGGAAAACCACAGUCGGGAAUUGUCUGAUAGCCUUUCAUCACAAGAGCUCAAAUCAGAACCCACUGUUGAUCACAUAAGGGCUGCGACUACGGGCCCUGGUGAUCAGGAUCAUGAAUGGCUCACUGGCUUCAGACUUAUUAACAUCAUCGGUGCAGUAACACUAGCAAUUCCUCACAUUACAACUGAGUUUCAUUCGCUCGACGACAUCGGGUGGUAUGGCAGUGCUUAUCAGCUGGCAAGUGCGGCAAUUCAACCACUCACCGGGCGAGUUUACGCGAGUCUCUGCACGAAGUGGAGUUUCGUUGGCUUCUUCGCAGUUUUUGAACUGGGUUCUUUGAUUUGUGGUGUUGCCACGUCCUCUAAGAUGCUUAUUGUUGGACGAGCAGUCGCUGGAAUGGGCGCUUCGGGCAUUCUCAAUGGCGCACUUACAAUAAUCGCUGCCUGCGCACCUAUACAAAAGCGCCCAACAAUCGUUGGCCUUGUCAUGGGAGUUUCACAGGUUGGGCUAGCGGCUGGGCCUUUAAUAGGAGGUGCAUUGACACAGUAUACGACUUGGCGAUGGUGCUUUUAUAUUAACCUUCCAGUGGGAGGUUUGGUCGCUAUCAUGCUAGCUUUUGUCGAUGUCCCAGAACUAUUUCCGAAGAAAAGUUUUACAAAGGCCAUCAGAACCUUGCCAGGGCAGCUUGAUCUCAUUGGAUUCACUCUAUUUGCCCCAUCUGCUAUUCAGCUAUUACUCGCUCUUCAGUAUGGCGGAAACGAGUAUUCUUGGCAUAGCUCUCAAGUAAUCGGUCUAUUUUGUGGAGCUGGAGCAACUUUUAUUGUUUUCAUACUCUGGGAAUAUAGACAGGGUGACAAGGCAAUGAUUCCGUUUUUUAUCAUCCGCAAGCGAAUUGUUUGGUCAAGUAGCCUGUCAUAUGGACUUCUCAUGGCCCAAGUCUUUUGUGCUUCCUGGUAUCUCCCCAUUUAUUUCCAGGCAGUGAAAGGCAAGAGUCCAUUGACGAGCGGUGUUUACUUACUUCCGAGUAUUCUGGCCCAUCUGCUCACUGCUAUGUCAUCUGGAAAGCUAGUCGAGCGCGUGGGCUAUUACCUACCCUUCAUCCUCAUUUCCGGAGUCUUGACGGCAAUUGCUAACGGCUUGUUAUCGACACUGGCCCCUCACACGUCAUCAGGAAAAUGGAUUGGAUAUCAGAUUCUCCUUGGAGCUGGUCGUGCUAUAGGAAUGCAAAUGCCCAUUAUCGCCGUGCAGAAUGUACUCCCUCCUCCACAGAUCCCCGUUGCAACAGCUUUGGUUAUAUUUAGUCAGAUGUUUGCAGGGGCACUAUUUCUCAGCUUCUCUAACACUAUAUUGAGCAAUAGUUUGACAACUCUGAUUCCAAUAUAUUCACCUAGCGUGAAUCCGCAAGUUGUUGUCAAUGCUGGCGCUACGGGAUUUCGAUCCGCUAUCUCGGCAUCGCAACUGCCAGGCGUUCUAGUUGCCUACGCGGACAGUGUUAAUCGGGUAUUCUAUCUUACUGUUGGAAUGGCUUGCACGUGCUUUGUCUUUUCCUGUUUCAUGGGCUGGAAGGACAUUCGCAAGAAGACCGAGGUUGAAAACGUUUGA